UGUUCGUACCUUUGCACACCUACAUCAACCGAUAGGAAAACAUUGACGACUCCGGUUUGGGUAAAAUAGCACAUAAGUCUUCAUUUCUUGCAGAAUACUGACAUCCCCUUUCCAGCCCUUGCCAAUUCUGAAAGGACUAUUUGCAAAUGUGCCAUCUUAUAUAGGAAUUCCUAUAUAUAAACAGUGGAGUCAGAGAGAGGGAGAGAGAGAGAGAGUUCUCACUUGUCACACAUGUGGGGUUCUGGUUCUCUCAGACAGAAGAGCGUGACCAAUUUGCUGGGUUCCCACUGGAAUUUGGUUCCCACAUGUGGCAAGCACUAGCUUGAUUUGCCUCCAUGAGACCCCUCUCUGCGCCAUCAGCUCAACAAGAAGCUGCUGAGAGACAGGGGCGUUCUUGGAUCACUCGCACAGCUCCCUACAGACAUUCCCUCGGUAGAGAGCGGAUAGAGGUGUAAUCGAGAAGCAUGGAGAGGAAGAAGAAGGGGUGGUUCGAGCGCAUCAAGCGGCUCUUCAUCUCCGAGCCGAAGCCGAAACCGAAGCAAGAGAAGAAGGUGAAGAGCAAGCGAUGGUUGCCGGGGAAGCUCAAGACGCAGCACUCGUUCGCGCUGCCGGCUCCAGAGCCGGUGCCGUUGCCGGUGCCGGAUCAGAAUCAGAUCAGGCAGGCGGAGGAGGAGCAGAGCAAGCACGCGGUGGCUGUCGCGCUCGCCACCGCUGCGGCCGCCGAGGCCGCCGUCGCCGCCGCCCACGCGGCCGCCGAGGUGGUCCGCCUCACCGGGCCGCCGUCAUCGGCUCCUCCGCGUGACACUGCGCCGUUCGGCCGUGAUCUGUACGCCGCCGUGGCGAUCCAGUCGGCCUACCGCGGAUACCUCGCGCGGAGAGCACUGCGCGCGCUGAAGGGCCUGGUGCGGCUGCAGGCGCUGAUCCGCGGGCAGGCGGUGCGUCGGCAGACGGCGGCGACGCUGCGUGGCCUGGAGUCGCUCGUGAAGAUCCAGGCACGGCAGCGCUCCAGGUCGAGCUCCGCCGACCACCAUAACCACCACAACCCGGCCGCCGGCGCCUACGACGACGGCAUGGACGCGCUGCUUCGGAGAGGCCGGGAGCUGUACGCCGCCGCGCUGCACGAGCAACAUCAGCAGCAGAACAGCAGCAAGGGGUGGGACGGCAGCACCCUGUCCAAGGAGGAGAUGGGCGCCUUGGUGCGGAGCAGGGAGGAGGCCGCCAUGAAGCGCGUGCGCGCGCUGCAGUACGCCUCCCUCCAGAACGAGAAGAUCGGCAUCAGGAGGCAGCCCAUGUCGAGGGACGACAUGGACACGCUGAACCAGCGCUGGAGCUGGCUGGAGGAGUGGGUCGGCUCGCACCAGCCCUUCGACAAGGACGUCCCCGUCGCGCACCAGUCACCCUGCAGGGACUCCAGCUACGGCGGCAGGCGCCUCGGCCACUCCUCCCGGCGCUCCUUCGUGCGCGCCAGGCGCACGCCGGGGAGAGCGUCAGACGUCGACAACAACGACGGGGCGUUGCACCACCCGUGCUCCCCGGCGUUCCCGGGGUACAUGGCCUCCACGGCGUCCGCCAAGGCCAAGUUCCGGUCCAUGAGCACCCCCAAGGAGCGCUUCGCCGCCGUGCCGUCCGACGCCUACUCCGAGCAGUGCUUCCCGUCCUUUGCAGACCGCCUCAUGUCGCCGAUCCCAUCCAUGUCGCCCAUGCCCUCCAUCGCCAGCGACAUGGGCUUCGCUCGCUCCGGCAGGCCGCCCGUCGCGCAGCGGUCGCCCAGGGUCAAGGGUCCCAUGACGCCGUCGAGGAACCGGUCCAGGAGGUCGCCCAGCCGCCACAGCUUCGGCUCUGAAGCUGCGCUGCACCAGAUGCAGAUGGAGCAGUACACCCCGAUUCGGUAAACUGAGAGAGUUCUUUGCGAU